CUUUUACUACAUCUCCAAAACCACCAGCUGGGACCAAUAGGGAUGGAGGGAGAAGGCUGUAUUCCUGGGGUAGCUAUAGAUUCAGGAAACCCCUUGCUAAAAGCAGUCUUCCUUCGUCGCCUGCGACUUACACGGCUGCUCCUGGAAGGAGGUGCUUACAUAAACGAGAGUGACAGCCAAGGUCAGACACCCCUGAUGGUAGCCUGCAGGACCCAUCAUACUGACACCCAGAGCGCCAGCCGGGCCAAGCUGGUCCAGUUUCUUCUGGAGAAAGGAGCGGACCCCAACAUCCAGGACAAGGAAGGUCGCUCUGCCCUGAUGCAUGCCUGCCAGGAGCAGGCAGGCCCUGAGGUGGUGUCUCUGCUCUUGGUCAGUGGAGCGGAUAUUAGCCUAGAGGAUCAGUCAGGGACAUCAGCGUUGGUCUACGCAGUCAUGGCUGGAGACUGGAAGGUUCUGAAGCUGUUGCUCGACACAUGCAAGGCCAAGGGGAAGGAAGUGAUCAUCAUAACGACUGACAAAUUCCCAUGUGGCAAACUGCAAGCCAAGCAGUACCUGAGCAUGCCUCCCCUUGGUCCUCUAGAUCAGAUGGACACAAAGACAUCAGCACCUCCUGCAUCUCCCUCUGAAAUUCAGCUCAUCACCUCCCCCCAGUGCACCUCUUCUUCUUUAUGUCCCCCAAAGCCUGUCUUUUCCUUUAAAGAAGCCCAGUCCUGUGGUGUAAGCUCCCAUCCAUGUUCCCCAUCAUGCCCCCAAAGGCUUGGCCAAGUGGCGCCGCACGGAUUGCAGCAGCCCCUUCUGAGGUUGAACUCUGAGCCCUGGCUAAAGAUCCCAGCGUCUCUGCUCACACAGCAGCCUCACGCAGCCUCUUCAGAAAACAGCAAAGACCUCAACCUAACGGAGGACGUCCCUGUCAAAAUUCCCAUGAAUAGGGACGGGGACAACAGCACAUGUUCACCAACUGACAACUUCAAAUGGUAUGAAGGACGAUUGGCAAGGGACAGCGGUGUAGAUGGAGACGUAAAGAAUGAAUGUGCCAAACAUGCAGGACAAAAUAUAUCCUUACCAGGUCUCCUAUCAUCCCACUCUGCCUCCCAUCCUAAUCUCCAUUCUGUUAACCUUGGAACAGAAUCAAUCACCUCCUCUUCCUCCCUUUCUGGUGACAAAAACCUUUGCACUCCGCUACAUCACAGCAUGGCCUCGUCAAGCCUUCAGAGCAUAAUCCAGAGGCGCAAGCUUGGGGAGGACAUCUACAGCUCUGAUCCCCAGCUAGCUGUAGACAUCCAAAAUCUCCCUGAGGAGUCCCAGCAGAGAGCACGAGACCUAAGAGAAGGCAAGAAGCUAGCUCUCUUACGCUGCUCCAGCACACAGGGCUCCAGGGAGUCACUGUUGACCUCAGGCCCAAGCAGGAGAGUGCUGUCUGGGUACGAGCGCAGAGGCUCUGGAGCCUUCUUGUUGGACCACAUGUCCCAGGCCAGGCCUAGAUCUUUGCCACCUCUGACCCUCAACUCAACCAACACCCCCAUCCUUAAUGUUUAUAACCUCAGCUCCAGUGCUGCAAGUGGUUUCAGUGAGAAAGAAUCAGGCCACAAAAAAUUCCUUCCCUCUGCUCCUCCUGGGCAACCCAAAGAGCUGACCAGGAGGAUGCUGCUGAGGAGACACUCGAUGCAGACCGAACAGUUCAAAACCACGGGUUAAAAUUCAGCCAGGAGGGAAGAGACGCUUGUGUUUUUUUAAAUGUUUUGUCUUGUGAUGUCGUGCCUGUAGUGAACUUCAAAGAGGCAAACCAGAUAGACAAGAAAAAGAAACAUCCAUGUCGAUGUAAUGUACAAAGUACACUUCAGUGUGCAGUGUGUUGUACUUGUGCAUGUAGCUUCAGUGUGCAGUUUUAAUGUGCAAAACUUCCUUAAAUCUGUAUCAAGAUUUUUUUGGCCACUUGGGGCCAGCAGAGCAAGCGGAAAACAUCUGACAUAUUGUCAUCUUGUGAAGUUCUUUUAGCUAACGUGUUAGAAAAUUAAAAUAUUAAGUUAAAAAUAUAGCUUGCUCUUCAGCUGCCAAAUAGUCCACUGUGUUCAGUUAGUCUGUGUGUCUUUGUUCACUUUUGUACAGGCCAGAUACUGUAUUGUAUGUUUAUCAAAGCUUUAAAAAAAAUUAAUAAGAAAACAGGGUGGAGGGCAGAAUUUGCAAGUUCUUAACCUAAGCAGAUGGAGCGGCACGGUGGUCCGGUGGAUAGCGCUGUGGCCUCACAGCAAGAAGUUUGCGGGUUCAAACCUUCCUUUCUGUGUGGAGUUUGCAUGUU